AUGUCCGAGGGCGGCAGCAGCAGCCAUCAUCCGUAUGCGCCGACGCCGCCGCCGAAAGAUGACCCUUAUAGCUACCCUCCUGCUGCACUUCAUCCUGGUGGUGGUCAUCCCGGUGGCAAUGCCGCAGGCGCUCUCGCGAGGAAUACUCAUAUCGAAUCCUUCGCCUGGAAUGACCUGCGCAUAGCCGUCCUCGAUCGCAAGACGCGCAAGUCCAAGGUGCUUUUGACCGAUGUCUCCGGGAUCGUGCAUGCCGGCGAGAUGAUGGCCCUGAUGGGUCCUUCUGGUGCCGGCAAGACCACCCUUCUCAAUGCACUGGCCCACCGACAUGCAGGGUCGAUCGGGGGGAGUGUGCUCGUCAAUGGCCAGGAACUUCCUCUCGCUACGCAUCGCGCCAUCAGCACUUAUGUCGAGCAAGAGGAUACUCUCAUCGGCUCUCUGACGACGCUGGAGACGUUACGGUUCGCAGCAGAGUUGACGAUUUCGAGUUCCAUGUCGAAGCGAGAACUCGAAGGCCGUGUGCAGGGCAUCCUACGCGAAUUCGGUCUCCAAGCCCAGAGCAACACGAUCAUCGGAACCCCUUUCAAAAAGGGCCUCAGUGGUGGCCAGAAGAGACGUGUCAGCGUCGCUUCCCAGCUCAUCACUGGCCCAAGCAUUCUCUUCCUCGAUGAGCCGACCAGUGGUCUCGACUCGACUGCGAGUUAUGAGAUCAUGUCGUAUAUUCGAGACAUUGCCAAACAGCACAACCUUAUCGUUAUCGCCAGUAUCCACCAACCGUCAACCAAAACCUUCGACCUCUUCGACCAAGUGACUCUCCUCUCCCAAGGCCGGGUCUGCUUCUGCGGUCCGCGUGUCUCAAUGCCAAACUACUUCAGCGAACUCGACCUCGAAAUCCCUCCCCUAAUGAACCCGGCCGAACACCUCCUGGACCUCGUCAACAUCGACUUCACCAGUCGGCGCCACAGCUCCCAUCCUCACAAUUCGCACUCGCGCCUCGCCAAAAUCACCACCGCCUGGUCCCGCAGCCCCCUCUCCCAACGCCUCUCCACCUCCAUCGCGGAAAUCUCCCAUCGCCCCGCCCGCCAUGGCAUGCACCUCCUCCGCCGCACCGUCCCGAAACCGGGCUAUCUCAAGCAGACCCUCGUCCUCCUGCAUCGAUCUUGGAUCAAGAGUUACCGCGACAUCGUCACGUAUUGGGUCCGCGUCAUCAUGUAUCUCGGCCUGGCGAUCAUGAUGGGCACGGUGUGGUUGAGACUCAGCACGGAGCAGAAGUACAUUCAGGCUUUCGUCAAUGCGAUUUUUUUCGGUUCGGCGUUCAUGUCCUUCAUGGCAGUCGCAUACGUCCCCGCUUUCCUCGAAGACCGCGCCAUUUUCGUCAAAGAGCGCGCCAACGGCCUCUAUGGUCCGACGGUAUUUCUGGUCUCGAAUUUCAUCAUCGGCGUGCCAUAUCUCUUCCUGAUCUCCCUCCUCUUCUCCCUCAUAGCCUACUGGCUCGGCAACUUCCACCCCAGCGGCUCGAAUUUCUUCAUCUGGGUCCUCUGGCUCUUCCUGGAUCUGCUCGCGGCCGAAAGCCUCGUCAUCCUGGUCUCUUCCAUCAUCCCGAUCUUCGUCGCCGCCUUGGCCGUCACGGCCUUCGCCAAUGGCCUCUGGAUGAGCGUGGGCGGCUUCCUCGUGCCGCUCCCGAUCCUGAACGUCUUCUGGAAAUACGCCUUCCACUACUGGGAUUACCAGAGCUACGUCUUCCAAGCGAUGAUGGUGAACGAAUUCGUCGGGAGGAGAUACUCCUGCGCCCCCAUCACCUCUUCAUCUUCAUCGUCCGCCUUUUCGUCUCUCCCUCCUUCGGAUGGAGCGGGAUCGGCGUGCCACUGCAUGUUCCCCUCCGACCUCCAGUCCCAAUGCCUCAUCCCCGGCGAAGCCGUCCUCGCCCAAUACGGCUAUCCCACUGAUAAACAGGCCGAGUGGCUGGGGAUCAUGGUCGCGAUCAUUUUCUGCUAUCGGCUCGCUGGGUGGUUGGUCACUUACAUGCGGAAGACGUGA